AUCGUUACCAGUCUUACUGAUGUUAUGACUACGAAUUAGCAAACUUAGCUCAAACUCGUUCGGAUCGAAACUAACGAGCGGAGCUACGAGUCAAAAUUUUAAAUCAAAUUUUUUGGGCCUCUGCCACACAUUUUAAAUAGUCGAUGCCAUGCCCUGCUCAUAACUAAUUCCGGCACUUCCCCUCCACCCCCCAAAUGCCUUCUCUCUCAAACCAACAUUUCGAUCUAUACUCCGCCAUUCAUGUCCCCGAAACCCAUUCAUGGCCUCCCAUCCAUCUCCACGACCACCCCAUCGCAGAUAGCAGCUCCAGCAUCCCUGUAAUCGACAUAUCCGACCCCGACGCAGCCUCCAUGAUCGGCGCCGCCUGCCGCUCAUGGGGCGCCUUCUACGCAACCUCCCAUGGCGUCCCCCCCGAUCUUCUCAAUCUAGUUGAAUCUCACGCCCGCAGCUUAUUCUCCCUUCCCCUUCACCGCAAGCUCCUCACCGCGCGCAGGGAUGGCUCUCUCUCCGGCUAUGGCCACCCGCCCCUCUCCUCCUUCUUCCCCAAGCUCAUGUGGUCCGAAGGGUUCACCCUCGCCGGCGAACCGCUAGGUGUUGCUUCCCAACUCGGCCCGAUCAUCGAUUCUUCUUCUUUCUGUGAGGUGAUGAAAGCAUACAGAAAGGAGAUGAAGAAGCUGGCUGCAAGACUCAUGAGGCUCAUGCUGCUCUCACUGGGCCUUCAUGAGGACGAGGUGGCCCAAGUCGGACCAUUAAAAGAGCUCUCCGACGCGGCGGAAGUGAUCCAACUCAACUCCUACCCAGCCUGCCCUGAGCCCGAGCGAGCCAUAGGCAUGGCGGCCCACACGGACUCCGCCUUGCUCACCGUGCUCCACCAGAGCGAUGGGGCCUGCGGGCUUCAGGUUCUGCGUUGUGGAUCUGGAUCUGAGUCGGCCCAGUGGGUUGAAGUGCCGCAUAGGCCCGAAACGCUGGUGGUUAAUGUGGGGGAUCUGUUCCACAUACUGUCUAAUGGACGGUUCAAAAACGUGAGGCACCGGGCUCUCGUGAGCAAGGCCAAUCAUAGGAUUUCGGCAGCUUAUUUCAUGGGCCCGCCGGGGGAUCUUAAGGUGGGCUCGGUUGAAAAAGUGGUGGAUUUGGGAGUGGGGCCCAUUUAUCGACCCGUGACAUGGCCGGAGUAUUUGGGGAUAAGGACUCGGCUUUUUGAUAAGGCACUUGAGUCACUGAAGUUUCAUGAGGUGGGAUUGGAGAAGGAUUGA